CCGACCGGUGCCGGCGCCGCGGAGGGCGAGCGGGGGAUGAGGCGGCAGAAGCGGCAGCGGAACGGGCGAGCCGCUCCUGGUGCGCUCCAAUCCCAGCCGUGACCGGUGGCGGGAGAAGCCCAGGAUCGCUCCCAUCCCUUGGGUCGUGUCUCCUCCAAGCACCCGCAGCCCCCACCCCUCCCUCUAACCCCGCUCCCGCCGCUGUCGGGUCUUUCGGGCCGCUGAAGUUCCCUCCCAGCACUUCCCCACCUCUCUCAUCAGCAAACUCCUUCUCAAAGUAGGUGACUGCCGUCCGUCCCGACCUCUUCUUGAUGACCCGAGCCGAGGGGUUUGCCGUCGUGACAGCGGGGGGAGUCUCGGUGACAUCUCACAUCCUCCUUUUGAAAUCUCCUGGAGUAUUGCAGCCCCAGCCUGGGCAGGAUGGACCCUGUUGUUCUCAGUUACAUGGACAGUUUGCUGAGGCAGUCAGAUGUCGCCUUGCUGGAGCCCCCAAACUGGCUUAAUGAUCACAUCAUCGGGUUUGCCUUUGAGUACUUUGCUAAUCACCAGUUCCAAGAAUUUAGCAAUCAGGUUUGUUUUAUCAGCCCCGAAGUGGCUCAGUUCAUUAAGUGUGCCCUUAGUCAGGAGGAAAUAGCCAUAUUCCUUCAACCGCUGGACCUGCUCCACAAGAAGCUGGUGUUCUUGCCUAUCAAUGACAACUCCAACCAGGCUGCUGGGGGCACCCACUGGAGCUUACUGGUUUAUUUCAGGGACAAAAAGUGUUUCGCCCAUUAUGAUUCCCACAGCAAAUGCAACUUGGUCCAUGCCAAGCAAGUGGCAGGAAAGCUGGAGGCCUUCUUGGACAAAAGAGGGAACAAAGCAACCUUUGUGGAGGAGAAGGCUCCUGCCCAGCAGAACAGCUAUGACUGUGGGAUGUAUGUGAUCUGCAACACAGAGGCUAUCUGUCAGGGACACUUCAGGGGCCGUCCUGAGCCUUUGCUGCAGCUCCUCACCCCCUCCUACAUCACACAGAAGAGAUCAGAAUGGAAAGCUCUCAUCACCAGACUGGCACAGAAGUGAUGGAGAUUCAGCCCCAGUCCCCCCCAAAAACUGCCUUCCCCAGCCUCAAGGCAGCACCCCAGUGCCUGAGGGAGAUGCCCAUGCACAGGAUUGUCCCAAAGAAGAAGAAUGUAACCCUUCCAGCAUGGCUACACCCCACACACACAUUCCCUGUUCCCUCUUGCAAGAGCCUUAGUCCCCUCUGGACAUCACUGGCCUUGAAACCUCUAACCAGAAAUGUCACUUUGCUGCCAAAUCCUCCUCUCCAUACAGAAUUUUUACACUAAUAGUGGUGGCUGCUAAUGAGACCUUGCUGCCUUUGCCCAGCAGGUAUCAGGCCCUUCUUAGGUGGCUUUAAUUUGCUACAGGUACUGCUCUUCCAAGCCAGAGUUAGCAAAUGCUCUUUAAAACCAAGCCCCCAAAUGCUUUACCAUAACUAUUCCUAAUCUGUGCCUCCUGCUAGUGGUACUGGAGCAGCCUAGGACUUAGCAGCAAGGAAUUUUUACCCCAGAAAACCUGACAUUGAAAUGUAGAUGUUGAAAGAUGAGACUCCAAAGGAAAUUCUACAAUUAAUUAAAGAACAGGGCAAAAAGAAAGUCAGUUUUCUUCAGCUAGAUUCUCCUAGGCCAAAUGGCUAUAGCUUUUUUUUUUUUUUUCAUCCCCCCCUCACUCCUGCUUGUCCUAAUAAGUUAAAACCUGACUGAACUGCUGGGAGAUUAAUAGGAAGCUUAGAAAACCAGUCCUAGGAAAGGGAACUGAAUUGAGAUGAAAAGUGACACUUACCCUGUGAAGGGUUUUCUUUUCCUUGUAAUUUUAGGUCAUCUCCAUCCGGGGGGGGGUUCCUCAGUGCUCCCCAACCCUCGAUAGUGUUUGCCGGGCUCAGAGUGUACGAGGCAGUCACUGCUUCCUCCAGCACAAAACCAGUUCUGUAACUUGUGAUUAAAAAAAAAAAUAAAACCCACACACCAGGGA